GGGAAAGCCGACAGGCGUUGCGUUGGAGAGAGCGGCAGACGGUCCUUCGGCGCGCGCGCUCGCUCCUGGCAGAUGCCAUCCGGGAGAGCCGGAGGAGAAGCACGCUGUCGGCUGGGAGAGCAGCUCACAUCAAAAGAGAGAAAACCUCUACCAUCAGGCCUGCAAGCAAAAGUCUAAAAGGAAGAAGGAGGAAAAGAGCAAUUCUUCAAAGCCGGAUAUAGUGUCAACGUUGGCACCAUGGCCUCAAACUCGGGAACUGCUGUUGAUGAUGGUGAGAGCAGCAAGAAUUGUACCCUGGAGAGAUGCCUAAAUGUAUUUCGCGAUGCAAGCAAUGAUAGCGAACAAUUUGCAGCUCUGCUCCUGGUGACCAAAGCGAUCAAAGCAGGAGAAAUCAAUUCCAAAGCCCGUCGAAGGAUUUUCGAUGCUGUCGGCUUCACAUUCCCAAACCGACUUCUGACUUCCAAGGAUCCCCCUGAGGGCUGCCCCCAGCACACUUUCCAAGCCCUGGGUCUCACUCUGCUAGCCUGCUUCUGCACCGAUCCAGAUUUAGCCCGGCAUCCGCAGAUGCUGAACAAAAUCCCCAUUUUCAGCGACGUGGUUUCAGCCAAGACUAGAGAUGCUUCUUACAGCGCCAUGAUUGAUGAUGCCUACCAAUGCCUCAGAGCCGUCUUGGCUACCCCCAAGGGCCCCAGAGAGUUGAUCAACAGAGGUGCCCUCUCCGCCCUCUGCCAGGCCUACGUGAACCACAGCUACGGCUACGAUCAGGCCCUUCAGCUGCUGGUGGGGCUCCUGACGUCGGCAGAAACCAAGUGUUGGCAGAGAGCUACUACUGACCUCAUGGGCGUGCUUACUGUCCUCAGUGCGGAGUUCCAGAAGGCCGAAGACAUGACCAAAUUCCAGCUGUGCGAAGUGCUGGCCCGCUUUGUGCCUCCCCUUCUCCCCCCGGGCUCCGAAUGUCUCUUGCCCCUCUACCGAGGCCUGUCGAGCAUCUUAACGAGCAAGCUAAGCGCCUCCCAGCGAGACCCUGCCUUGAAGCUUUCGGCCUGCCUCUCCCAAGCCUGCAGCUCAGCCUGGAUCCCAGCCGGCAGCUCCGGCAGCAAAUUUUUUGCCCUCUUGGUCAACUUGGCUUGUGUGGAAGUCCGCUUGACCUUAGAGGAGCUGGAUCUGACGGAAGUGGAUAAGAAGCGGGAACUGAUGGCUGCCUGCUACAUCCUGAUGGAGCUGGCCAUUGUGGAGUGUACCCGAGAGAAAGGCUCUCUCCUGCAAGAGACGCAGAAAGUGCAGCUGGUGGGGAUCCUGGAGGAAGCUUUGGGGGCGGUCAUACAUUACCUGAGACAGGUUGGACAGAAGAAGCUGGAGGAUCCUUUCAUCUUUGCCUCUGUUCGAAUCCUGGGCGCGUGGCUGGCUGAGGAGACCUCUUUCCUCAAGCAGGAGAUUUGCGACCUCCUCCCGUUCCUCAUUUAUUACGCCAAGGUGCAGUUCGAAGAAGAGAGGAGAAGCCGGCGAAGCGCUUCACAGUCUGAAAAGGAGCAGGCCGGACAAGGCCCCAUCCCGGAGCCUCUUUGGCGGGGAGAUGCUCUGAGAUUCCUGUUGCCUGGUUUGAGCCACCUGACUGCUGAAGAUCGUCCUCGUGAGAUCCUAAUUUCGGAGGGGGCACCGGUUCUCUUGUGCCAAUAUUUCCUGCACCGUUGGGAGAUGUUUGUUUCGAACACCGAAUCCCAGUCCGCUUCAAAAGUUAUUGAAGCCAGCCUUCAAACCUCCUGCGAGAUUUUCCUGAAUUUCGUUGUCACCGCUCCCGAUCUAAUCAGCCGAGAAGAUUGUUUCUCAGCCUUGAUGGACACGGUGCUGAAAUCUCUUUCGUCUCUGCUGCCACAGAGAGAACAUCUCAUUUUGAGUGCCAACCUGGCCACGCUGGGGCUAAUGAUGGCCCGGAAACUGUUCGCUUAUCCAGGUCUCCAGGGGACUCCUGAAGCAGAGAGCUUCUUCGACGCUGCCAUCCGUUUCCUUGGCGAAGCUUACAUGGCCCAAGCCAGCACCGAGGGGGGGAUCGUGACCCUUGGCGUUUCGCCCACCUACAAGGCCGCCUGGCCGGCCAUCCGCGAGUUGUGGUUUUUGGGGAUGCAGGCCUUUGCUAGCUGCGUGCCUCUCUUCCUGUGGCUGCCCCAGGACGUCCUGCGUUCUGGCUGGCUGCAGGACCUCCUGGCCUUGCUGGGCCGCGUCGUCCCAUCCUCCGUGGAUAUGGAGGUGACGAGGGCUUACCAGGGAGUCUUGGUGGAGCUGGCCAGAGCCAGCCAGCCAUGCUUGGAGAGGAUCCAGCAACAUCGGGGUUUGGAGCUGGCCAGUCUGUAUGGCAUGGCCGCCUUAGAACAGUGUCUCUCCGAGCAGUGAGCGUGCUCGGGAAGAGGUGGUGGGAGAAAGGUGCAUUCUCCCGGAAGUCGCAGCUUCCUUCUGUGUCCUGCAGGGGGCAGCUCUCUGUGGUAGGGGGAGAUAGUGUAUGCCCAGCCUCUCUUCUUCCCUAGUAGCUUGCACAAAGUUAUACCGUGUAAUAGGGGUUGGUUUAUUUCUUUGCCAUUCUUUGUAUUUUAUUUAUUUAUUUAUUUAUUGGGGUGGUGGUGUCUUUCUGCCUUCUUUCCAGGUGGCAGAAGACUCCCAAGGCAGCUCAGAUCUAUCACACACACACACACACACACACACACACACACACAUUCACACACACAGAGGGGCAAGCUUUUGCAAAGUUUAAAGAUUAUCAUAAAGCGACUCAGAAUCCAUUAUAGGGCUGAUGAUGAAGAUCAGGCAACGAUUAAGCUAUCCAGCCCCCAACAUGGUGUUCAUUAAAAGAUUGGGGCAAGGUAUAUAUGUGUGUGUGUAUUGGCGGGGUGGGUGGGGGAGUCUUUAAAGCCCCCUUUUUUAAAGAAAGAGAAUAAAUAAAUAGUUGAAGAGGUGCCAAAUAUUCAUCGCUUGGAGUUCCAUGAAGAGUGGGACCACCAAUUUAAAAAGAAGAGGAAAAAAAGGGGGGGAAAUGAUGUCUCCGUGCAUGUUUUGUAGCGCUCUGUGAUCUCGUAGAGUAAUAUGAAGCAAAAAGUCUUAACUUGCUGGCAGUUAAAUUUUUUUUUUAAAAAAAGCAUCAAACAUAAUGUAUUGCAAUGCACAUUAGUGCUGCUCCGUUGACUCUUUAACGCACUGUGAAAUGAGAUAGAUUCUUCUCUGGGAGAGAGAUCCAACAGAUGCUAAAGGGAGUCUGGAUUUUUAUUUUUAA